GCGUAUUUUUCUGCAUUUGCAAUAAUCCAGCUGAAGUGAUACUGUGCGGACACCAGUGAGCACGAGGCGCGAUGCCAGACAUCAAAAUCACACCGCUCGGCGCGGGCCAGGAUGUGGGCCGGAGCUGCAUUCUGCUGUCGAUGGGUGGCAAAAACAUUAUGCUCGAUUGCGGCAUGCACAUGGGCUACAACGACGAGCGGCGCUUCCCCGACUUCAGCUUCAUCAUACCGGAGGGUCCGAUCACGAACCACAUCGACUGCGUGAUCAUCUCGCACUUCCACCUCGAUCACUGCGGCGCGCUUCCGUAUAUGACGGAGAUGGUGGGUUACACGGGCCCAAUUUACAUGACUCACCCGACGAAAGCCAUCGCUCCGAUCCUGCUGGAGGACAUGCGGAAGGUGGCGGUCGAGCGGAAGGGCGAAAGUAACUUCUUCACGACGCAGAUGAUCAAAGAUUGCAUGAAGAAGGUGAUCGCGGUGACGCUGCACCAGAGCGUGAUGGUCGACAGCGAGCUGGAGAUUAAGGCGUACUACGCGGGCCAUGUCCUUGGGGCGGCCAUGUUUUGGAUACGGGUCGGAUCGCAGUCGGUCGUGUACACCGGAGACUAUAAUAUGACGCCUGAUCGGCACCUGGGUGCGGCCUGGAUCGACAAGUGUAAACCGGAUCUACUGAUCACCGAGAGUACAUACGCAACGACGAUACGCGACUCGAAGCGGUGCCGCGAGCGGGACUUCCUCAAGAAGGUGCACGAGUGUGUGGCGAAGGGUGGCAAAGUGCUCAUCCCCGUGUUUGCCCUCGGCCGAGCCCAGGAACUGUGCAUACUGCUGGAAACCUACUGGGAGCGGAUGAACCUCAAGUAUCCGGUUUACUUUGCGGUCGGGUUGACGGAGAAGGCAAACAAUUACUACAAAAUGUUCAUCACCUGGACGAACCAGAAAAUCCGCAAAACGUUCGUCCAGCGCAACAUGUUCGAUUUCAAGCACAUCAAACCGUUCGACAAAGGUUAUAUCGAUAACCCGGGCGCUAUGGUGGUGUUCGCGACGCCCGGGAUGCUGCACGCCGGUCUGUCGCUGCAGAUAUUCAAGAAGUGGGCGCCAAACGAAAACAACAUGGUUAUUAUGCCGGGCUACUGCGUUCAGGGAACGGUGGGCCACAAGAUUCUUGGCGGCGCGAAGAAGGUUGAGUUCGAGAACCGCCAAGUGGUCGACGUGAAAAUGUCGGUCGAGUACAUGAGCUUCAGUGCGCACGCGGACGCAAAGGGAAUCAUGCAAUUGAUACAGUUCUGCGAGCCGCGCAACGUGAUGCUCGUGCACGGGGAAGCGGUGAAGAUGGAGUUUCUGAAGGAGAAAAUUCGGGAGGAGUUCCGCAUCGAGUGCUACACCCCGGCCAACGGGGAAACGUGCACGAUCAGUACGCCGAUUAAAAUCCCGGUCGAGACGUCCCUGUCGAUCCUGAAGGACGAGGUUAAGAAGUACAAUGCGCAGCCACCCGACCCGAAGCGGCGCCGCAUUAUCCACGGCAUCCUGGUGAUGAAGGACAACAAGAUCUCGCUGAUGAGCAUCGACGAGAUCUUUAACGAAGCGGGCAUCGAUCGGCACGUAAUCCGGUUCAUUUCGAAAAUCAAACUGGACGAUCCCGGACCACCGAUGCGUACCAUAGAGAAGCUGUACAACAUGCUGAACGAGCGGCUGUCCGGAGCGUGGACGGUGACAAUGAAUGAGAACAAUUCGAUAAACGUCGAGUCGGUGAACAUAAAAAUUGAGCCGGACGAGACGUCGCUACAGGGCCCCAACAGUGCAGGAAGUAGCGGCAGCGGCGCUGCUGGACACAAGAUUUGCAAUGUUUCAUGGGUCAACCAGGAUGAGGAUUUGGGGAGCUACAUUCUGGGGCUGUUGCAGAGCUUAUGAAGACGCGUCUUAGCUCCAAAAGCCUUUCGAGGAUAGGAAUGGGGGUACUAUUUUUCUGUGGCGAACAAUUUGUUCUAUGAAAAACCUAAGUGUUGUUGGAAAGCGCAAAA